CGCAAUAGACAGAAGAGGCAAGAAAAUGGAGUCGAACUCAAAGUCCUCCGAAGCGUAUCGCACUCGCGAUCUUUUUCCUUCUGUGAAACCCUCUUAUCUGUCUCUCAAUUUAGUCUUUGUGUGCAUAAUCCUUCUGUUGAGGAACGAAUCUACAAACUAUCGUUUGUUAGCGUUGGAAAAACAGAUAAAGGUUUUGUCAACGAAGCAGAGCUGUGCUGAGAGUGGCUCUUAUGCAAAUCGCAACGAAAUGUCCGUCAAGCCGCAACUGGAUCCUGAUCAGAUUUUUGCCAGGAGGAUCAAGACUCCUGUUGCAAAGAAGCUUGAUUAUCCCUCAGGUGAAAGCGGGCGGGACAAAAUUACCAAGGCCACAAGGACUCGCAGGCAUGUUUCAAAUGUUAUCACAAUUGAUGACGUACGCAAUGAAAUCGCCAAGCACCUUGAACAGCUCAUUCCCACAAAGUAUUGCAAGUCAACCGAAAAAGUCUGUCCAGCAGGCCCCCCCGGAAGCCCUGGCGUCCAAGGUGCGAAAGGGAAACGUGGCAGGAGGGGAACACAAGGGAAAAGAGGACUACAAGGUAAUAUGGGUCCACCAGGUAGGCAUGGAAAACCGGGGAUGACUGGACCUGUCGGACCAAAAGGAGUGAAAGGGGACCGGGGAGAGCAAGGCCCGAAAGGCAUGCCAGGACCGCCCGGUAGACCCGGAGAGUCAAUAUCUGCCCCAAAAGUCACGACAUCACCUGCUGAACAGACUCGAGAUGAAGGAAGAAAUGCAACGUUUUACUGCACAGUUUCUGGGAACCCACGUCCUCAAGUCGAAUGGAGAUUCAAGAGUGCGAAGCUUGUCUCUGGAUCAGAACACUUGAUUAAAGAUGGGGAAUUGACAAUUAAACGUUUAAAGUACAGUGAUGCCGGACAAUACUAUUGUGUCGCCACAAAUGUCCUUGGAUCACACGAAAGUUAUGGAAAUUUAAGUGUUCGAGGUCUUCCUAUUUUCACCGUGGUACCUCCAUCUCUUGCAACACCAAAGGAGAGUUCUACCUUCCAACAAGCUUGUCAAGCUGAAGGGUUUCCACCUCCUACCAUAAGUUGGCGCAGAUCUGGGCUGUCUUUACCAACUGGAAAGACUGUCAUAAGUAAUGGAAGCCUCGUGAUAAAUAAUAUUUGCCCUGUUGACAGUGGAUUGUAUGAAUGUGAGGCAACAAACAGUCUGGGUUCAAAGAAAACCUCCAUGAACGUGGUAGUGCAGCAGCAACCGCCCAAAGAUCUUGGAGAUUACGACUGCUGGCGCAGCAGAUCCGAAAGUCCAGGCAGAGGCUGGAACCACAGUCCUGGCAACAUCGACGCAGUCGAUUUCCAAACAAGUAGUGACGUCACACUGCUGGGAUACCGUCUGUGGGGAGUGGACCGAGGUUCAACCACUUUCCAGGCUACCGUUCGAUUAUAUCGUGGAAGCUCCUUGAUCGAAGAAAAGACUGGAUCCUACUACACCACAUCCUCAGUAAAAACGUUUGAAGUUCGUUUUUCUCAGGGCAUUUCUCUUCGUGCAGGUGUAUUAUACACAGCAACAUCACAAUUAACCACAAAUGGUCAUCAAACGCAUGCUCAUACAGAUGGUAUGCCGAGUAUUUCAUGUGCAGGUAUCACUGUAACGUUUGCGAAAUCAUCCAAAGAUAACAACGGAUCAGAUGUAUCCAAUGGCCAAAUACCAGCGCUGAUCUUAAGUUCCCCGGCCAGUCAUUGCUAAAAGUAGCUUUCACAGUUUCCACUCACAUUAUUAAUUUUGUUUAUUUUUAUUUAAUCUGAGAUGUUUCACACAUUGCCGGUAGAUCUCAAUAACUUGUAUAGAAAACGCUGGAGCAGGUCACCAUACGUACAUUUGUAUCGUGAAAGUUCCUUGAUCGCACAAAAGACUGGAUCCCAUUGGAACACAUUCGCAAUGGAGACGGUUGAAGUUAACCUGCGGAGCAAGCGUUAUUUUGGCGAGCGAGUGCUCAGUAAUUUCUUAGCGAAAAUCUUGUCUGCCAUCUUUCAUUUUAAAGGCAGCGGAAGGCAGGGAAGAGAAAGAAAUUGGUACCCCCACUGCCUCUAUCUCCGAAUCAAAUGUGGCCGGUUGAAUAAAUGAUUGCAAGCUUCGUAAGGUUAACUCACCCUUGUAAGACGUCGCACUGCAGGCUGGUUUGAAGUUCGUAUUUCUCUAGGGACUUCUCUUCAUGCAGGUGUUUUAUACACUGCAACACCUAAGUUGAUUACACAUGGUUGUCAAACUUAUCAUCUUACCAAUGGUUUAUCGAGUACUUCAUGUUCUGAGGUUAAUGUUACCUUUAAAGACACGAACUCAUCAAAUAUAUCUCAAGGUCAAAUACCAGUUGUGAUCCUUUUUCCCAGUAACUGCUAGGAGGGAAUUUCAUAGUUUCACUCACAAACCCAUUUUGUAUAAUUUGAUGAAACAUUUUUACCCAUUUCAAUUCAUUUUAGAAUAUUUUUAUAGUUAACACUGAUGAAAAAUAUAUAUAUAUUUCUUAAUA